AUGGGUUCCAAGAAGAAGAGCAAGAAGGAGAAGAAGGAGAAGAAGUCCAAGAGCAAGUCGAAGAAGAAGAGGUCGAGGCGCGAGCCGUCCAGUUCCUCCUCAUCCUCGUCGGACUCCUCGGACUCGGAUUCGGAGAACAGCGAGGAGCAGCGAAGGCAUCGCGCGGCGAAGAUGGCCAAGAAGCUCGCCGCGCGGCUGAAGCAGGGCGAGAUCGCGGGGUACACCGACAACGUGAACCCCUUCGGCGACGCUAACCUCACGGAACGGUUCGUGUGGCACAAGAAGAUCGAGAAGUCCCUCGUCAACGGCGUCGACCCCAAGGAGCUCGGUUUGAAGGCUGAGAAGCGGCGGCACGAGGAGCGACUCAAGGAGAUCGAGAAGGUGAAGAUGCAGCGGGAGCAACGGGACAGGGAGCGCAUGGAGAAGGAAGAGGAGCGCGAGAUCAUGCAGAGGGAGGAGGCGCUCAUCGAGGCGGUCGAGCUGGAGAAGAAGGAGGAGGAGUUCCAUCUCCAGCAGGCCAAGGUGAGGAGCGAGAUCAGGGUGCGCGAGGGUCGGGCGCGGGCCAUCGACCUCGUGUCCAGGAACCUCCACUCCGAGGACGGCGAUGAAUUCGACGAAUCCGUCCACCCCUUGGCCAUCUUCGACGGCCUCACGCUCUCCGAGAUGGACGAGCUCCUGAACGACGUCAAGACCUACCUCGACCUCGACCACAAGGAUGAGCGGCACAAGGCGUUUUGGGCCAACAUGCUCGUGGUUGCCAACGCCGAGCUCGACGAGGCGCGGCGCAGGGACGAGUACGAGCGAGCGCGUUCCAGGGGCGAGGAGGCGUUCGGCGCGAUGAUGCCGAACCAGGGCGUGCACGAGUCCGUGGAGGGUGACGUCCGCGAGAUGCUGGAAGGUAAGACUCGCGUCGAGCUGGAGGAGUUGGAGGGCGACGUCGAGCGACAGCUGGCGACGGGCGAGGAGAGCGAGUACUGGAUCGCCGUUCUCCAGCGCGUGAAGGUUCACAAGGCGCGGACGUGGGUCGAUGACGUGGACGCGGGCUUGCGGUCCAAGCGCGCGGCACUCGCACCCAGGGACGUGCCCCCGCCACCCUUCAAGGAUGGGCGGGCGGCCACCAACCAACCACCCACCACGGCGGAUGACUCGGACGACGAGGACCUCCUCGGAGCCGACUUUGGCAAAGCCGCCGCGGACGCCGGGAACGCCUCCGACUACGAAAACGAGGACGGAGGCUUCUCGCCGCGCGCCGUGUCGCCCGAGCCGAUGUCCCCGGCCGGCGGCACGCCGAGGGAGGGCACCCCGACGCGGUCCUUCUCCCCGGAGGCUAUCCGCGCGAGGGAGGACGAACCCGAUUACCUGGACGUGGUUGACGAGGACGAGGACAGGCGCGAGCUGGAGCGGCUUCGCGCGCUGCAGAGGGCGAAGAAGCUGGGCAGGUUCAAGGAGGCCGCGGGUCCGGGCGCCACCGCGGGUGCCACGGAGCGCGCCACGUUCGACGCCUUCAAGGAGGGCGCGCAGGAGGCGGCGGCUAUGUCGGGCGCGGUGAUCCAGAACCUCACCGCCGACGCGGGCGAGGCGGUGGAGGCGGCGCGCGCGAAGGAGGAGGCGAACGCGCGCGCGUCCCGGGCUCUCGCGGAAAGGAUGAUGGGCGACGGCGCGGGAGAGGUGGCGUUCGCGGGGGAGGCUCCGCUGGAGUCGCAGGUGUACUGGUGGCACGACAAGUACCGACCCCGCAAGCCCAAGUACUUCAACCGGGUCCACACGGGUUACGAGUGGAACAAGUACAACCAGACCCACUACGACCACGACAACCCGCCGCCGAAGACGGUGCAGGGGUACAAGUUCAACAUCUUCUACCCCGAUCUCAUCGACAAGUCCACGGCUCCGACGUACACCAUCAUGCCGGACGGGAGCAAGCACGGCGAGACGUGCAUCCUCCGCAUCCACGCCGGUCCCCCGUACGAGGACAUUGCGUUCAAGAUCGUCAACAAGGAGUGGGAGUACGCGUCGAAGAAAGGGUUUCGGUGCUCGUUCGAGCGCGGCAUCUUCCACCUCUACAUCAAUUUCAAGCGCGCGAGGUACAGGCGUUAGUGA